UCGAAGAGAUCUUAAGUGGCAACUCUUUGUGCUCCAUAAUUUAAAAAAAAAAAACAUAAAUAUUUCAUAUUAUUUGAUCAAAAUGUACAAAUUUGCUUUGUAUUCGCUUACAGGCUGGUACUGUGGCCGAUCAGAAUAUGAAACAAUGCUGGAAGUUAUGUGUCCUCGCAAUGUGAUUGACUCGGAGCUUCUGAUCAAGGUCAUUAAGAAGGAGUCUGAAGCAUUUUCCAAAAAUUUCUUAUUAAAAUCCAAUGAUAUACUGGACUUGGCCAUUGAACAAAUCAAAUCAAGCGAUCUGGAUAUAAGAAAUAAGGGCCUGGCACUUUUAAAUAAACUGAUCUAUAGAGUUCCCUGCGACAAUGGGCCAGUUUUUCCUGGAGCACUCUUGGCACGCGGCAUCUACUUUGUUCAAAGGCAAAAAUAUAGACUGGCAAGCAAUGACUUAAUAUGGUAUAGAAGCUUGGACUCCAGUCACAAGUCUCCUGAGGAAAUUCUUUUGGCAGAGAUUUUGCUGUGCUUGUCAUUUUUUAAUUUGAGGGAACUUUAUUCAGCGAAAGAAGUUUUACAUCGUGUGAAUGCUAUGGAUUCCUCCAUUCUUGAAAAAAGUGAAUUAUUUGCGUUUCUGUUACUUUUGAGAAGAUUCGAAAAAGUAAUCAACUAUGACUCGAAGAAUUUUCGUUUUACCACUAAAAAUAUUCACGGAAAGGGGAAUCCUGAAAAUGAAUUGGCCAAAAAUUCAAAGUGUUUUAACGUAAAAGUUGGACAACAAGAAAAAAUUAUUGCUAACCAGUCAAUCGAAAAAGGGGAAAUCGUUGCGGCAGAAAGACCUAAGUAUUUUCAGUUCAGUGCGCCUUUCCUAAACUGUGAACUGUGUGGAGUCCUUCAGGAACAGCUUUACACCUGCCCAAAUUGUCGAUACAGAACCUAUUGUUCGAAAGUAUGUCUGGAACUCGAUUACGAAGAUCACAAAGAUGAAUGUUACGGCUAUAAAGUUGGCAUAAUACAAAUGCUUGAAGCGAAUUUGCUAUUCCGUUUAUUUGUUCAGACUGCUAAGUAUUUGGCAGAUGUAUUAUUCUUUUUUUUGUUAGAUGGCGGAAUGAUAACGGAUCCUCUGGUUGCAUGGAAGUUCUUUGUUGAGUCUGCCAGAGAUGAUUGUCGCUCAGACAUCAUCAUUUACAAAUUUUUGACACUCGAACCUGACUAUGAUCAAAUAAAGUCCGAGAAGUGGCAGCAAAUGGUUGGCACAGCAUUUCGUCUAGCGGUCUUUGUCUAUAACGAUACAGAGAUAAUCAAAACAUAUUUUGGCCUAAUAAAGCUAACAAAAUUUGACAUGAUAAAUGUGAUGGCAGCACUUCUAUUGCGUUUGAACGCUCAUAUCACAUUAAAAUGCCAAAGAGAGAAAUUGUUAUGCCCGGUGAAUUCUCGUUUGACUUCCGAAUUACAGGAUAAAGACCAAGAACAGCUAUCGUCAUGUGAAAGGGCUGAACGCAUGAGAAUCAACGCAUUUCACUAUUACAAAAUUAAUUCUACUGCCGAAAUUGCAGAUAGUUUAAACAUGUUUUUAAAACGUGACCUGCAAAAACGAUAUAUUACGACUAAAAACAGAUAUCAGAACAGGAGUCCAUUAUCUGAAUAUAUGAACAAGCUUAUUAAUUUAUGUCUACAGAACCAAAAAAUUGAUUCAGCUUCUAUUUUGAUUAACAUUGCUCAUACGACCCUAAACGAUAUUGAAUUAAAUAAUUCAAAGCGUUAUGAAAAAAUGAUCGACAUUGCAAAAUAUUUUUAUCAGUUUCUAGAUGAGUACUUUUCUCCAAAUAAUGCAACAAAAUUUUUACAUCAGGAGAAAUUAUCGUUAUGUGCAUCUUUCGAUGCAUUUCAAAAUGUUAGCAAAGAGGAAAAUGUUGAAAUCAGAUCUUGCGCUUCUGAUAUAUAUAUCGGAGUCACAACUAAGAAAGUUAAUGCUGGAACAGAGCUUUCUAUGGGAUUAAGGCCACCUCAUCAGAACUUCUGCAAUAGUUUAUCAAUAGAAUUAUUCGAUGGCGACAAGUUUAUAAGAAGAAAUUGUUUAAGGGCUGAACAUCCUAGUCUUGGGUUAUUUUGUGGUGUUUGUGAAAACGAAAAUGUAAUUUCUCCAGCUAAUGACAGCUGUUUGGAAUGUGGUGCGCAUUAUGAUGAUCUAUUGGACCAAAAAAUUGUGUAUAUUUCGUAUCUUGAGUCUGAGAUAUUAAAAAAGGCAAAGCAACAUCAAGAUAAUGAACAUGACCUGGCUUUAAUGUAUGGCACUUACAAUAUAUUUCUGAGCAAGCAUUUUACAGAAGGACAUGACUUACCUUUACGUGGUGCCCUUAAGUUGGCAAAGUUUCUAGCUAUAAAAGGAUUUGUUCAACAUGCUAGUGAAGUCUUGCUCAGUUUGGUUUACAUUUACAUGGAAGUUUCCUAUUUGUACGAAACAGAUAUUUGUACAAAAAUAUUUGAUAUUAUUCAAAUCAUAAUGGAACAUUGCGCUGAAAAUAUAGAUAUUUCUUCGGAAAUAGAACCAACUUAUUUGACCAAGCUUCUGGAAAGUUCACAAUCUAUAUUAAACAGGCAGGAAGAGAAUUUGAAGUUAUUCGUUGAUGAUGAAGAUCUUUUUGAAUUUUGUAUGAAACAAUCUACAAACUAUAGCAAAUGGAAGCAAAUUAUUAAUUUACACUACCUUAUGCCUCAGAGUGUGCGAGAUUAUCUAUAUAAGAUUGAAAGCAAUGAAUCAUAAUUAAAAAGAUAUUCAAAUUAAUAAGAAAAUACAUAUUAUUGAAACUAUUUA